AUGCCUAUUAACCAGCCAUCAAAUCAGAUCAAGCUCACCAACGUCUCGUUGGUGCGCAUGAAGAAGGGCAAGAAGCGCUUUGAAAUCGCCUGCUACAAGAACAAGGUCCUCGAGUGGCGCAACAAGAUCGAGAAAGAUCUCUCGAAUGUCCUCCAGAUCGAAAACGUCUUCCUCAAUGUCAGCAAAGGCCAGGCGGCACCGAAGGCCGACCUCGACAAGGCGUUUGGCAAGAAGCCCAUGGAGGAGAUCAUCCUAGAGAUCUUAGAUCAUGGCGAACUACAAGUUGGAGAGAAAGAGCGCGGUGCCGAAUUAGAGCGCACGAAGAACGAAGUCAUCGACAUCGUUGCAGGCAAGCUGGUAGACCCCAGGACGAAGCGCGUCUAUACUACAGGCAUGAUAGAGAAGGCGUUGGAUCAGCUGAGCUCGCAAACUCAGGCGCAACAGCAAGAACAUAAGGCAGGGACGGAGACACCAGAUGGUGAAGAGAAGGGCAAGGCUGCAGCAUUGCCCAAGUGGAGCGGUAUCGUCACAACAAAAUCUGCCAAGUCACAAGCCUUGUUCGCCAUGAAGGCUCUUAUCGCCCACCAGCCGAUCCCGGUCGCACGAAUGCAGAUGAAGCUGCGGGUCAGCUGCCCCACCUCGGUGCUCAAGCAGGCCGUCAAGAGCGCACCGAAAGCACAGGCAGAAGGUGAAGAGAAGGCAACCACCGGCACAGUCAAGGACACAAUAUUGGCGUUCAUGGAGAAGGUCGAGAGCCAGGACACCAUGGGCGCUGAGUGGGAAGCUGUCGGUCUCGUCGAGCCUGGUGCGUUCAAGGGCCUUAAUGAGUUUAUUGAGAGCCAAACCAAGGGCCGAGGAAACGUCGAGGUCAUGGAAAUGGCUGUUGGCGCCGACGAUUGA